AUGAGGACACCGCAACCCCGACACCAUACCAAAACCCCGACACCAUACCAAAACCCCGACGACACCAUACCAAAACCCCGACACCAUACCAAACCCCGACACCAUACCCCCCGACACCAUACCAAAACCCCGACACCAUACCAAAACCCCGACACCAUACCAAAACCCCGACACCAUACCAAACCCCGACGACACCAUACCAACCCCGACACCAUGACACCAAACCCCGACACCAUACCACCCCGACACCAUACCAAAAACCCCGACACCAUACCAAAACCCCGACACCAUACCAAAACCCCGACACAUACCAAAACCCCGAUACCAAAACCCACCCCAAAACCCCGACACCAUACCAAAACCCCGACACCAUACCAAAACCCCGACACCAUGCCGCAACCCCGACACCACACCACAACCACGACACCAUACCGCAACCGACACCCGCAACCCCGACACUGUACCACAACCCGACACCAUACCGCAACCCCGACACCACCCAACCCCGACACCAUACCACCCCGACACCAAUACAACCCCGACACCAUACCGCAACCCGACACCAUACCACAACCCGACACCAUACCGCAACCCUGA